AUGCUUGCUUGGCAUGGAUCAUCGCUCGUCGGUCGACGACCUUCUUUGGACGCUGGAGGGAGCCUUGGGAGCCAAGCACAAGCGACAUCACCAAAAAACCCCAAUUCAGGCUCCGCAAGCAAACAUCCCCGGAAACGCCAGCAAAUCCAGAAUCGAGAAUCUCUUCCGGACCACUCUAAGCCAGGGCCAACUCACCGUUUCUUCCCUCCUCCGCCGGGCACAGCCACCAGCAAACCGCCAGCCUGGCUUGCUCUCACUGGCGUGACUCGCGACGGGGAUGCGAACUGGGCAGCGCCGUUCACGAGGUGGCACCGUGGGAAGAGAGCUCUCCGCAAAAAUGCCCUCGGCUUGCCAAUGGCGUCACGGCGCAUUCCCGCCGUGAGCUCUCUGGAUCGAUCCGAGCCUAUGGACGAGACCGGGUUCACAUUAAAAUACCCUUCACCCUCUGCCACAUCCCUCCGAAUGGUGGCUUUUGGAAAGAUGGGCACCAUUCAACCGUUGCUCUGUGGUGUCCCCUUGCUCAGUGACUCAACCCUCGAUUGGUAUAUCACUCGAGUUCGCCCCGUUCAUGAAGCCAUCUGUCGUUGGCUUAUCUUGAGUUGGGUCUUUGCUCAUGUGGUAUCACAACACGACCAAAUCUCACUGCGCAUGUCUCAAGCAACGAGUCUCGUCACCCGAUCGAACCUCAUUGUGAAGAGCAGCAACGAUAAAAAAAGAAACGAGUCUCGCCCACUCAGCCCUGCUCUCGAGGCGGACCGGACCGAGUCUACUGCUGUAAUAGGGCAGAAGAACAUCGCUCGAUCUGAUCACGCAUACGGCCGGCUACACGACAUUGAGCCUCUCGGGAGCCCCAUCAUCUCGUCGUCCAGAAAUAUCGCAUUGCCUUAG